AUGCCGCGAACGUUACCCCCAGAAAUAUUGCGGAUGACUUUUGAAAAGGUCUCUGACAAAAGCACUCUCUGCAACAUCCUUUUAGCUUGCCAGCAAUUUCGUCAAUUAGUGGAGUCUGCUAGGGUCUACGCCGAUGCAGCCUUCUCCAAGCAUCCUAUCCGAUUCAAGCUGGAUUCUUUCCUGAAAGCAAUUGAAGGACCUCGGGCGCUCUUUGUUCGCAGCCUGACCUUCGAUGCCGAAGAUAUCCGACAUCAUGAACUCAAGGUCAUCGACGAAAUCCUCAUGAAGACGACCAAUUUGAAGGCCCUCUGCCUCGAGCGCCGCACACUACCACAUGUUCGAUUCCUUCAGAACCCUCCGUUCCUUCUCACCAAACUCGAACUCCGAGAUAUUCCAUUGGACACCCCCACCGUCCGUUUCUUAGAGGCGCAAACAUCUCUCGAGUUCUUGAGUAUCCGCACACACAUCAGCGGCCCCUUGCCACAUCGAUUUUCGCCCUCUGCGUUUCCAAACCUCAAGACCUUGGUCACCGAAUGUAAGGUACUGGACCGCCUUGCGUCCGUUCCCCCCAAUAUAACCCACUUGUACAUAAAAUUGUCGGGGUAUUUCAGCUCCGGCCCCCCGCGGCCCCGCCGCCUCGACUCCGUGCUGGUACUUGCCUGCCACAUGGAAUCUAGCUACGUCACCACUCUCUGCGUCAAAACAGAGUGGCUGGAGCUCCAUGGGAUAAUGGAUGCGUCUUCGGACCUCGCCAUCGUGCUUCGUACAUGUCAGCGUCACACCCUUCGGGGUAUCCGACUUGUCAUCUCGCCGUACGCCCCAAUCCAGCCACCCGUACAAUUUCAGCAGCGCUUCGACGAAGCACCAUCUCUCGAGUUUGUGGAAGUUUGCAAUACCACUGGGCAACACCAUGAGUGUCGGCGCUGGUACCGCGAUUCACCCCAGCCAGUGAAGAUUCGGUGGAAAUGUCAGCGAGGUUCUGAGUGGCAGGCGGACUGGUUGAAAGAUGUUGACAUCGUCGAGGGCACUAACCUAGUGGAGACAUAA